GGGGCUCGGGUCUGAUCGAAGGGCAGCUGAUGGUUCCGCUCCUUUCUCCAACACUCUGCUCUGGAGGAAUUCACAUGGAGAGGGAGGCGCCCAAAGAUUCAAACAUCAGGCCUCCUUCCUGAUUUUGACAAUUACCCCUGAUGGGCACAGAUUGGUUUCCCUGAACAGGCGCAGGUGCGUAGGAUUUGUGAUGCGGCGCAGCUGAGCGUUUUCAGGUUUGGGACUGGACACUGGCGCAUCUCGUGCUCAACGGAAACUGAUAGAGGCGUUAUCAUCUCUCCCUGGGUCGGGAUGCCUUUUGCAAAAAGAUCCUGUGUAGAACUCGUGCUGCAGCAUCCGGAUUCAGGGGAACGGAGCUGAUUUGUGGUUUAUUCAUUGUGGGAGGGAAUUUGACCGUGCUGUCAUUGCACGGUCCGGUCCAAGCAGCUGAAACGCAUCUUCUCGAGCGGCAGAGCCAAGGAAGAAAGAGUCGCUCCUCUACAUCCACUCUCAUCUGUGCGCACGGCUUGAAAUGAGGAACACAUCCCGGAUGUGCUCCGCGUGAAGAGGCGAGCCGGGCGGCAGGUUCUUCUGGGGGUCUCAAGGACGCAAAUUUAAAAGGAGGAAAGUGGCAGCGAGCUACGAAUCAUGAAGCGGGACGACUCCGGCACCGCGAUCCCCUCCAAAAAGACGAUAAUCGGGAAGAUGUUUAAAGUUCGCAAACGGAGGGAGAUGAUGUUUGUUCAGGUGUGCUUCAUCUGCAGUGUCCUCUUCGUGGCGUGGAGCAUGUCGGCGCUGCUAACCAAGACAGGGCAUGGGAUGACUGUGGAGGGACAUCCAGACCUUGAACACUGGGGGAGGAGGCUAAUGGCCGUGGUAAUAGAAAACAUGACGGAGCCAAAGAAUUGCUCGCCGCCAGCAAUAAAAGAAUUCCCCGCUGACCUUUUCACCAACAAAGAACGAAAGAGCGGAGCCGUCCUGCUGCACAUCUUGGCGACCCUCUACAUGUUCCUGGCUCUCGCCAUCACAUGUGAUGAGUACUUUGUGACUUCGCUGGACAAAAUCUGUGAGAAAUUAGAUCUCAGUGAAGAUGUGGCAGGAGCCACCUUCAUGGCAGCUGGCAGUUCGGCUCCAGAACUCUUUGCAUCUGUCAUCGGUGUCUUCAUCACCCACGGUGAUGUUGGCGUGGGCACCAUUGUCGGCUCAGCAGUCUUCAACAUCUUAUGCAUCAUUGGUGUCUGUGGAAUCUUUGCUGGACAGGUGGUGGUGCUGACCUGGUGGGCAGUUUUCAGGGACUCCUUCUACUACAUCCUGUCUGUUGUGGCUUUGAUUGCAUUUAUCUACGAUGAGAAGAUUGUUUGGUGGGAGAGUUUGGUGCUGGUCGUCAUGUACGCCGGAUACAUCCUCGUCAUGAAAUUCAACUCCAGCAUGCAGAGGUUUUUCAUGGGGACAUCUAAGAAAAAUGUGGCCAAUGGUAACGCUGCGACCAGCAGUGAAAUGGAGGACGUCAAACCCAGCAAGUCUUACAGCCGUGGCUCUGUGGUAAUGGUGGAUGAGAUGAUGAACGCCAGUCCUUCGAAGUUCAGGUUUCCAGAGGCCGGCCUCAGAGUCAUGGUCACAAGCCACUUUGGACCCAAAACCCGCCUUCGCAUGGCCAGUCGUCUCAUCAUCACAGAGAAGUUGGUGCAAGCUUCCAAUGGCAUGGAGACACAAGUGGCUGAUGGGAAGGUUGAAAUCGAAAAUGGAAACGUGCCAGAGGACAAACCCACCGAGUUGGAGGAGAGCGACUCCAUCUCUCCGUUUCAUAUUCCAAGUGGGAUUGGCAGUAAGCUGAAGUGGCUGAUCUCAUGGCCCCUGCUCCUGCUGCUGUUCUUCACCAUCCCAAACUGUGCCAAACCUCGCUGGGAGAGAUGCUUCAUGCUCUCCUUUCUUCUGUCUACCGUUUGGAUUGCAGUUUUCUCCUACUUAAUGGUCUGGAUGGUUACUAUAGUUGGCUACACCCUGGGAAUCCCAGAUGUCAUCAUGGGCAUCACAUUUCUUGCGGCAGGCACAAGCGUUCCAGACUGCAUUGCGAGCCUCAUUGUGGCUCGGCAAGGUUUGGGAGACAUGGCGGUGUCCAACUCCAUUGGCAGUAACGUCUUUGAUAUUUUAGUGGGACUUGGGGUUCCCUGGGCGAUGCAGACCAUGUGUGUCAGCUAUGGAUCGGUGGUGAUGAUAAACAGUCGAGGGCUGGUCUACUCGGUGGUGCUUCUGCUGGGUUCUGUGGCACUUACGGUUUUAGGAAUCCACCUGAACAAGUGGCAGCUCGAUCUUAAGCUGGGCGUGUACGUCCUGGUCCUCUACGCUGUGUUCCUCUGCUUCUCCAUCAUGAUCGAGUACAACGUCUUCACUUUUGUCAACCUGCCCAUGUGCAUAGACCUGUAGAGCACAGCGGCAUGGCUCCAAAACCAAAAGCUGUCUCUCUUCUGAUGACACCGGACCUAUCUGCUGACUUCUUCAUUUCUUCUUGCUUGCACUCUUUCUUUCUUGUUGUCUAAAUCCAAAUAUGAGUUUUUUUACGAGGCAGAGUACCAGAACGUCAGGCUCAACUGUGCAUGCACAUAGUCCUACAGUGCUGGUCCUUAAUUUGGGGCAACGCCCGUUACUGCAGUCAGAUUUCAGUUUGCCCUUACAUCUGCCAACUUCUUACCCCUCCAGCAUGCCUUUAGUUGUCGGGGACCUCCAGAAUCUUAAGUGCCCCUUGUUGAUUGUAGGCGUCGUCACUGUUCACAUCUUCUUUCUACACACCAGAUCAGUGAAGGAAAAAAGCGUCCUGCAGUGAAUCCUAAUAAAAAAAAGUUGCCACAAUGUCCUAAAAGGAAGUACGCUUUCUUUUCCUUUCGUCCUAAGACGAAGAGGACAAACGGGUCUUGUCCAUGGCAGCUCCUCGUCCUCAGCUUGGACCUGACUCCCCUAGCAUGGCCGUAGGCAACGGGGAGCAGAUUCUGUUAGCUUUACUCCCCACUCGUUUGAUCAAGUCUGCUUUGUUUUCCUAAAGACCUCCUGUCAGGACACUUUAUGUCAGGAUGCAUCACAGUCUCGAUCAGCUGACUGAUGUCAUGCAUCUGCACCAGUGCAAUGUAAAUUUGUAAACACUUUUUUUGUAUUUAUUUUUUUCAAAAAACAAAAUUGUCUAGUUUGAAAUAUAGAGAAGAGCUUGUUGCAAAUGAGUGUUUAUCUUUCACACUAAAAAAGAAAAUAAUUGCACAUGAAAUGCUUUGCUUUGUGUUGAGGUUUGACCUCCUGGAGGAUCGUGUGUCUGGAAGUUCUCUCCAGCUUUAUUUUCACUCAGUGGGUUAUUUCUCUUUUGUGUUCUCUGCACAACUUCACAAAAGCUCAACAUCUAUUACAUGUGUUGCAUCGAUUUAUUUAUAAGAAGGCAGCGAUGUGACGGUGGUCGCUCUGAGUGCAAAGACGCCAAGACUUCCCGUCUGUGGCGUGCUCUGGCCAGCAGGGGUCACUGCAGCCCCUUUACCGGUGCAGAGGUGGCAAGUUUUCAGGGAAACUCUAAGAUGGACACAUCUGGGAGGUGACGAGGGUUUCAUUUUGUUGCAUUGUAUGUAGAUAUUUGCACUUUAACAGCCAUCCUGUCGUUCUCAAUCAACUAGUGCUUCCUUAUGUGCGUUUGUACUUUCUGUGUGUGUGUGUGUGUGUGUGUGUGUGUGUGUGUGUGUGUGUGUGUGUGUGUGUGUGUGUGUGUGUGUGUGUGUGUGUGUGUGUGUGUGUGUGUGUGUGUGUGUGUGUGUGUGUGUGUGUGUGUGUGUGUGUGUGUGUGUGUGUGUGUGUGUGUGUGUGUGUGUUGGGCUCACGUUUCUGGACUCAAUCUUCAAUAAUUUGAGCUCACCAGUCUGUCUGCAGUGCAUGCUGGGACAUUAAACGGCUCCUCCUCCACAGUACAGCAAAAGGCCAAGGGCUAUUGGGUGGUUUCCAUGGAGACCGCCUGGCCCACUUUGUUAAAAAAACAAACAAAGAAAUCGGCAGCUAAGAUCACUGCAAUCCAGACAUUUUGACAACUAGUGAAAAUGCUUGUGUGGAGUCAGAAAGGGUGAGGAGCGCAGAGAUGAAAGUGUGUGUGAGUGAUGAAAAUAUCCCUCUGACUGUUGGUGGAGGGCUCUUGUAUAUGCAAUCUUGUAUGUAAAGAAUCUAUGUGACAAAGGCCCCUGUGAGGUUGCCAUAUAAAGACGGGGUUCCUGUGGAGAUGUGAUGUCACUUUAUUCAAUAGUUCAUGUGUGAGCUCACAGGUGUGCGACAGCAGAGGAACCGUGCACAAGGAAAGAACACGUCUGGAAGCGGGGAUACUCCCACUACUCCUAUUCUUUCUCUACUCCUGCACAAGGGCAUUAACUCCUUGCCGACCCCAAUUAAAGGAGCAGAGAGGCAGCAGACUUUUCCUAACGGCCCCUGGGACUCUUGGAUGGCUGACUCUAAGGAAUAACAACUUUGGAGCCGAUGAAUCUGCUACUCUGUUAUAAACGCAGCCAAACAUCCCAGACAGACUCCUCCACACCCGUCUGGCACGUUCAAAGACGUGCAAAGCCUAGUUUCUUUGUAGCUUUCUGAAAAGAAAGCGAGUUGUUGGUUUGAAUGUUCGGUUUGAGGGUAGUUGCGUGGCCAUGAGCACAGCAGGAUUCGAAACGCUGCUCUGUCCUCGUCCCAAUCAUGAGUUCUCAGCGUUUGUCUGGCUUGCACUUUUUGUUACAAAGUCACUUUUUUUGGAUGAGGACGUGAAGAUUUUGAUGCAAUACUUGCUGUGGCUCAAAAAAAAAAAAACAGAUCCAAUGGACAUCUGUGUAAGACAAAUGUCGAUUCAAAGCGAGAGAACUGGUGUUUAUGGGCGGAACGCGACCUGAUGCACUGUGAGCUCUAUGUGAUGUUGGAGUCGUUUGUCAAGAGUAAUUAAUGAUCAAAAAUAAUUAAUAUAAAGUUGGUUACAAUAAAACAUUACCGAGGACAUCUGUAUAACUUAUAUGAAUGUAUUGUCUUGCUAUACUGGACAUAUCCAAUCAAUGCAUUUUACUGUAAAGCAAUAACGUGAAGAAAAAACAAAUAAAAUUAAAAAAAACCCUACUGUGAACUGCUUGAAAUAUAAAUUCCUGUUAUUGAGGGACUAGUUCACUUUGAGGCAACUGAAAAUUUAAUGGACACUUUUUUUUAAAUAUAUUAAAUCUCUUUCUUGAGCCACUAUGUGCUAAAAUUACCCUUUACAUUGUUAGUGAAAGGCCACCCGGCCAUUUCACCCCCGUGGCCAGAAUAACACACUUGAAACUUUACAAUGGCUGGCGGUCCGACUAUCCGUUGCUACUUUGGGGAAAUGGGCAGACCAAUUACGUCAAAGGCUGUUAACCUGUAGAGGUGCUACUGCUUGUUGUAUGUUUACCUGACAGUUGGCUUGUAAAUUUAUCAUUAUACUAUAAACAAGAAAUUUCUCCCAUUAUUUGGUCAUUCAUGGAAUCAUGAUAAACAAGGUCUUUUUCAUAAAUAAAUCACGACAAACACCAUUUUGCCAAUAAUUAUAUUAAGUAUUUUUGAGUAAUCUCAACAAUUUAACAGACCGUGUAAUAAGCGUGUUUCUAUACUGUAACCAAAAUCGAAACUGACACGCUAGCACGUAUAGUCAGAACACUGGGCUGGUCUAUUGGAGUUAGAAAAAUAGAGCUGGCAUACCUGGUGCUGCAGUCUGCUUCCAGCACGUUUCCUGCAUGUUCUACAACAUGGGCACAACUGAUUUGUGUAAUGUAGUGAUGAAUCGCUCCUCUAGACACUGAGGAAGGCAUUAGGGAUGUUUAAGCUGUUUCAGAUGUUGCAAAGAUGAACGCAAAGCGAGGAGACAGGUUUUGGUUUCGGUUCUACAGACAAAUAAUAGGGGGUGUUAAAACAAGCCAAAACUGUACUCUCCCUUUAAGGUUUUCAUAGUAUGUGGGCGUUCUUUUAGCUCAUAUUACUCUUUUGCAAUGAGUUUCAGUUAAUCCGGAGUUUAUUCUAACAUUUUGGGCCAGAAAGUUGUGGUUUGAACCCUGUGAAAUUGAUUAUGUGAAAAUAAAUGUGCUCCACGAAACCA